CUCCCGCGCAGGUCGGGCAGGGGCGGGGCGUCAAGCCAGCUGAGCUAUCCCGUCAGACCGCGCCAGUUUGAAUGAAAGCUCUUCAAGAUGGCGGCGGUCGGGACCGAGGCGCGAGGAGGUGAGGGCUGGAGAGCGGCACCCCUCAAUAUCCCCCGUUCUCCAGGCAAACUCCCAAGGCCCAGGAAGCGGGGCCGGGAUCCGUGGGGCCGCCAGAGCGCGACGCGGCGAAACGCCGCCUUCCACUCUGCUGACACCUUGGCCCCUAAAGGCGCCCCGCGGGCUUCACCCUUCCCCCGGUCCCUGACCCUUCUCACAGCACGGCCCGCUCGCUCCCCGCAGUCUCCUCCUGCGCCCCGCUUCCGCUGGGCCCGGUCCGCGCGCCCUGCUCCGAGGUCGACUGUCUCUCGCUCCUUGGAGGUCCCGCGGACUCCGUGGCCCGGCCUCCGCUGCCCGUUGGGCCGGAGGCCCCUCCCCGCCUGGUCGCCGUGUGGAGGUAUUCGGGCGGCCGCCGCGGCUCCUGCUUGGUGUGUGCCUUGCCUAGUUUCACUUGAUACUCUUCAGGAAUUAUGUAGAAAAGAAAAACUCACAUGUAAAUCGAUUGGAAUCACCAAAAGGAAUCUAAACAAUUAUGAGGUGGAAUACUUGUGUGACUACAAGGUAGUAAAGGAUAUGGAAUAUUAUCUUGUAAAAUGGAAAGGAUGGCCAGAUUCUACAAACACUUGGGAACCUUUGCAAAAUCUCAAGUGCCCAUUACUUCUUCAGCAGUUCUCUAAUGACAAGCAUAAUUAUUUAUCUCUGGUAAACAAAGGCAAAGCAAUAUCUCUAAAAGACAAUAACAAAGCUUUGAAACCUGCCAUUGCUGAGUACAUUGUAAAGAAGGCUAAACAAAGGAUAGCUCUGCAGAGAUGGCAAGAUGAACUCAACAGAAGAAAAAAUCAUAAAGGAAUGAUUUUUGUUGAAAAUACUGUUGACUUAGAGGGCCCACCUUCAGACUUCUACUACAUUAAUGAAUACAAACCAGCUCCUGGAAUCAGCUUAGUCAAUGAAGCUACCUUUGGUUGUUCAUGUACAGAUUGCUUCUUUGAGAAAUGUUGUCCUGCUGAAGCUGGAGUUCUUUUGGCUUAUAAUAAAAACCAGCAAAUUAAAAUCCCACCUGGUACCCCCAUUUAUGAAUGCAACUCAAGGUGUCAAUGUGGACCUGAUUGUCCCAAUAGGAUUGUACAAAAAGGCACCCAGUAUUCACUUUGCAUCUUUCGAACUAGCAAUGGUUGUGGCUGGGGUGUAAAAACCCUUGUGAAGAUUAAAAGGAUGAGUUUUGUCAUGGAAUAUGUUGGAGAGGUAAUCACAAGUGAAGAAGCUGAAAGACGGGGGCAGUUAUAUGACAACAAGGGAAUCACAUAUCUCUUUGAUCUGGAUUAUGAAUCUGAUGAAUUCACAGUGGAUGCAGCCCGAUAUGGAAAUGUCUCUCAUUUUGUGAAUCACAGUUGUGACCCAAAUCUUCAGGUUUUCAAUGUUUUCAUUGACAACCUUGACACCCGUCUUCCCCGAAUAGCAUUAUUUUCCACAAGAACCAUAUAUGCUGGAGAAGAGCUCACUUUUGAUUAUCAAAUGAAAGUAAAACCUCAAUCGGGAAAAAAUGUGUUUUCAUCUCUCAUUGUGGCAUUUGUAAUCAUGGUGUCCAACAUAAAGGUAAGCGCAGCAAGUAAAUCUGGCUUUCAGUAUUCCUAAUUAAAUUAUACCUAAGCUCAUUGCCCCAUUGCUUUAAUGACCUAAAAUAAGUUUGGGUAAAAUUGAAUUGACUUCAAGAAUGCAGCACUUCAAAUAUCUUCUUAAUUUCGAGCCUCUUUUUUGGGAGAAUGCAUCUUUAUUAUGCAUUAUACUGCUGCCACAUGACUUUGCUCUUUCAUAAUAUAGGGUAAAAUUUUACAUGUUUGGAGUCUCAGUGUAUUAACCAAAAUCUGCAGGUGUCAACGAAAAAUACAUUUUUGGGUGCCAUUUCUUAGGUUUUCUUUAUGAGAAAAUAGUUACAUGGUGUCUGUGGUAAGAAAGCAUCACAGAUUUACAGGUGCUUCAGUGGCCAAGCUUACUCUGAAUUACAAUUCUCACGGGUUUAAAGGUAUAAUUUUAAUAUUUUUCUUAAGAAGUCUGUGUUUUACUGUCCAGUUAGUCUUGUCUACUUCUUGUGGUAAAAACAAAUGUAAAACAGGAGGGCAAAGGGAAUGGCUAUUUUCAGUAAAUUUGUUUCAUUUUGUCCUUAUUACUAGAAAUUUAAUGGGUCUUUGAGAGUUUAAUUAUCCGUGUUACCCUUAUUUUAUUAAAAAGCUGGACCUAAUCAGUAAAAUAGAAACUCCCUACAUGAAGCUAUUAAAAGGCUUUAACUAUUUUAAGUCAACAUUUAGCUUCUUUAGUUUCCCAAGUUGUCAGAAUUUGUUCUCAGUAUAAAUAUAGCCAAUAUUCAAGGGUAAUAUUUAGAUUGAGUUAAAACUGUAAAUCCACUGUGCGAGUUGUAUUGAUACUGUUUUCAGUACCUACACGAGGAUCGUGAUAAACAGUUGGUAAUCUCAGGGUCUUCUCCUCCUCUGUGCAAAAUCUAGACUGCACUUAUUUUUCUUACAGUUCAUUUUUCUUCAGCAAAAUAAAUUUAGUUUGGCGUUUGAUUUU